AUGAGAGCUAUUAGUAAACUUUUUGUGUUUACGGUGCUGGUCCUGGGAUCGUUACAGUACUACUGUGGACGCUACGGCGCGUGCCCCGCGCAGAUUGCAGUGAUAAGCCAUUAUACGUGGCCUUGCACGUACGCGCCGGCAGUACGGGAUAAAUUAGGGAAGGCCAGCGAGUGGUACGGGGCCAAUGCGGCUCCGCAUGUGUCGGUGGCGAGCGGGUGGAUGCAAGGGAAGGUGAUGCCGCACCUGACGAAAGUAUCCCAGUGGACGGAGAAGCAUGUACAACCGCGGAUGCGGCAGGCUGGCGCGGACGCGAUAGUAACAGCGCGCGUGGCAUGGAAUGUCGUACAGCAGUACCAGCGGCGGCAUGUGGUGCCUCUGACAGGGCGACUGCUGGCGAAGUGUCCGUGUCUCGAGAGGUGGGCCGAACAAGCUGCGCGCGGCUGGCAGUGGCUCUGCAAGCAUGCUCGGGCGCUAGCCACAGCAGUACAGCAGCAGUAUCCUGCGUUUGUGGCGCAUAUGGGGGGCAUAUGGGAGCCUUUGCACGGCGCCUACAACCGGAUCUAUCUGGACUUGGGCCGCCCAGUGCAGGAGAAGACGUCCGAGGACGCGAGUGCGGCGCCCGGGGGGACUCAGUACAUCACAUCCACUAUCACAAUGACCAUGACUUCGCUCGAUGAACUCGUGACGGUAACCGCGGAGGACGGUCUGUCUGACGUGGUGGAGGCGUCCUUCAAGGACCUAGUUGCCGACGAGUUCAGUGCGUGGCAGCAGGCCAUCGAGCGGAAGGCAGACAGCGUGCUCCAGGCUUUCACAGAGGAGGUUGGGGAGUUUGAGAUGCAGCAGCACGAAGCUGUUGCGCCCAAAUUCCGCGCACUGCUCAAGCAUAUCUCCGCCAAGAGCCAGGAACAUUAUGCCAAGAUCAACCAGGCGAUUCGCGACAUCAACAGCACGAUGGAGCUGGAUCCCGCGACUAACCAGACCAUCUGGUUCGAUGCGCAUGGCACCCAGCUGCACCAGUACAUUACUAGGCCGCUCAUGCGUGAGUACUUCUCCCAGGCCAACGACGAGUUGGCCAAUAUUACAAACCACAUCCGUGCCGAACUACGCGAGGUUGUCGACUCCGUCAACGGGCAGGUCGACGUGAUCCGCCAGGAGCACAUCGAGGUCUACGAGGAAUGGGCCGACGUCAUGGUUUCGGAGUGGUCCCGCCGCAUGGCCUACAUCGACGUUGUCGACCGUGAUCUGGAGGCCGAGGCCGAGCGCAAUCGCAACUGGAAGCGCUUUUUGAAGCUCAAGAAGCGGGUCAUCAAAGUGCGCGACCAACUACUGGAGCACCCCGUCAAGUUCAACCAGCUCGAGACGUUUCUGAAGGAGAUACAGUCCACGCUCCGUAUUUUGGCUCAGGAGAACGGCGAGUAUCUCUACAUCCUGCGUUCCAAAGCCAAUCUGUCCUUCCAGGAACGCGAGAAGAAUGACCGCCUCCGCGAGCAGCACGAGCAAGAGGCCCGCGAGAUGACUCUCCGUGAGCAACUGUCGACAGAGCUUGCUGCCAACGGCACUGAGGUCAUUAUAGACACCUUCGAGGUGGACCUCGACCAGCUGCUCCGUUCCAACUCAACCUCCUGGUCAGUGCCUCCUGCAGAUGCCCGCGCCGAGCCUGCCAGCGGUAGUCCGAUCCAGCAAGCCGCUUCGGAGGCAGCACAGCAGCCUAGCGUCUAG